AUGGACGAAUACAUGGAUUUUCGACCAUUGAAAUACACGGAGCACAAAUCAUCAGUCACCAAAUACACCAAAAGCUCACCACCGAAAAAUCUCUCCGGCGUAACUCGACCUGACUCAGUGAGAAUCGUUCGUGUUUCUGUAACUGAUCCUGACGCAACCGAUUCAUCAAGCGACGAAGAAGAAGACUUCCUCUUUCCUCGCCGUAGAGUCAAGAGAUUCGUUAACGAGAUCAAAGUGGAGCCAGGCUGCAACAACAACAACAACAUCACCGGAGUUUCAAUGAAGGAACGGAAGAGAGUUUCCGACGAAACUCAGUCUCCGGCGACGAACCGUCACCGUCCUCUCAAGGUUUCAAUCUCUUCCGGCCAAAACGGGAGGAAGUUCCGCGGCGUUAGACAACGGCCUUGGGGAAAAUGGGCGGCUGAGAUUCGAGAUCCGGAGCAACGCCGGAGGAUUUGGCUUGGAACUUUUGAGACGGCGGAGGAAGCCGCCGUGGUUUAUGACAACGCUGCCAUUAGACUCCGUGGUCCAGACGCUCUAACUAAUUUCUCUAUACAGCCUCAAGAAGAAGAGGAAUCAGAACCGGAACCGGAACCACCGUUUGUUGAUACUAAACCGGAAAUGAUCAUUACAACGACGACCACAACAACAACAUCGAGUUCUGAAUCAACCGAAGAUUUUCAACAUCUCUCGUCUCCUACAUCCGUUCUCAAUCUCCGAUCCGAAGAAAUACAACCGUUUAAGUCAGCUAAACCGGAACCGGAAACUUCUGACGCUCCGUGGUGGCAUAAAGGGUUUAGUGGUGGUUCAGGUGAAUCAGACGAUUCAUUUCCAUUGGAUACUCCGUUUCUCGACAACUAUUUCAAUGAAUCACCACCGGAGAUGUCAAUAUUCGAUCAACCAAUGGGUCAAGUUUUUUCGGAAAAUGAUGAUAUCUUCAAUAAUAUGUUCUUGGAUGCUGAAAGUAUGAACAUUGGAGAUGAGUUUCAUUCUUCCAGUAUCAAAGAUAUUGGUUCCAUGUUCAGUGAAUUUGAUGAUUCAUUGAUAUCAGAUCUAUUAGUGGCAUAA